AUGCACGAAAUACGAGCCCAGCUGGUACGACCAGUUGUAGAUGAAACAUUUCGAAAAGCUGAACAACAGCUUAAUUCCAUAACGGAGAUGCGAAAAUUGCUGGAGGAGGUUCAGGAUAAAGGCGAACAACUACCGGAAGAAACGGCGCAAAUGCUAGAGCGUCAGCUUGAAGCUGAAGAAAGUAGUGUUGGAGCAGUUGCUUCGGCUGCAGCAGCACUUCCAGAUUCCGAAAUACCGUUUGCUGAAAGCAUCCAGGUAUGA